UUCUAGAAGACAGCCACCUAGGACAUGAGGCUAGCAGAGGGUGUGCAGGUUGGCCAUCAGGAAGACUUGCUUUGAGCGGCUGUUCUGUGGCCCUCCCACGAGUGGGAAGCUUACCAUGCUGCUGUGGGUCCUGCAGGCACUGCUGGCCUUGUUCCUCCCCAUGCUCCUGGCCCAGGGAGAAGCCAGGUGGAGGGGUACCCCUCAAGCCCACAACACUACCCAGCCUGCUCUGCUCAGACUGUCAGAUCACCUGCUUACCCACUACAGGAAGGGGGUGCGGCCUGUGAGGGACUGGAGGCAGCCCACCACCAUCUUCAUCGAUGUCAUCAUGUAUGCCAUCCUCAGUGUGGAUGAGAAGAACCAGGUACUGACAACCUACAUCUGGUACCGGCAGUUCUGGACUGACGAGUUUCUCCAGUGGAACCCUGAGGACUUUGACAACAUCACCAAGUUUUCCAUUCCUACAGACAGCAUCUGGGUCCCUGACAUUCUCAUCAACGAGUUUGUGGAUGUGGGGAAGUCUCCGAGCAUUCCGUAUGUGUACGUGCAGCAUCAGGGCAAGGUCCAUAACUACAAGCCCUUGCAGGUAGUGACUGCCUGCAGCCUCGACAUCUAUAACUUCCCCUUCGAUGUACAGAACUGCUCUCUGACCUUCACCAGCUGGCUGCAUACCAUCCAGGACAUUAACCUCUCCCUAUGGCGCUCACCAGAAGAUGUGAAGUUGGACCACAGCGUCUUCAUGAACCAGGGCGAGUGGGAGCUGCUGGGGGUGCUGACACAGUUUCAGGAGUUCAGUAUGAAAGGCAGCGACUGUUAUGCAGAGAUGAAGUUCUAUGUGGUCAUCCGCCGGCGGCCCCUAUUCUAUGCAGUCAGUCUACUGCUGCCCAGUAUCUUUCUCAUGGUUGUGGACAUCGUGGGCUUCUGCCUGCCCCCGGACAGUGGCGAGAGGGUCUCCUUCAAGAUCACGCUCCUCCUAGGCUAUUCAGUCUUUCUCAUCAUCGUGUCUGACACGCUGCCAGCCACAGCAAUCGGCACUCCUCUCAUUGGUGUCUACUUUGUAGUGUGCAUGGCUCUGCUGGUGAUAAGCCUGGCAGAGACCAUCUUCAUUGUGCGGCUGGUACACAAGCAGGACCUGCAGCGGCCAGUGCCCCUCUGGCUGCAGCGCCUAGUCCUGGAGAGGAUCGCCUGGCUGCUUUGCCUAGGGGAACAGCCCAUGUUCCGUAGGUCCCCAGGUACCUUCCAAGAUACAAAGACUGAUGACUACCCAGCUAUGGGAAACCACUGCAGCCAUGCAGGAGGACCACAAGACUUGGAGAAGACCCUGAGGGGUAGAAGCAGCCCUCCUCCACCCCCGAGGGAGACCUCACUGGCAGUGCGGGGGCUGCUGCAAGAACUGUCUUCCAUCCGCCACUUCCUAGAGAAGCGGGACGAAAUGCGGGAGGUGGCCCGGGACUGGCUGCGAGUGGGAUACGUGUUGGAUAGGCUGCUGUUCCGCAUCUACCUACUUGCAGUGCUAGCCUACAGUAUCACUCUAGUCACACUCUGGUCCAUCUGGCAUUAUUCCUGAGUGACACCGCUCAGCAGGGAGGGGUAUGAGGCUGGUUAGGAUGGAAGAUUUCCACAUAGCUUCUUCACCUUGUUUCUGAAGCCAGUUCAUCUGAGCAAUCCCAAGCCAGUGUCUGAACCUUUGCCCACCCCACCCCCAAACUUAAUGCUGAAGGUCCUGUCAGCAUCCCCUGCCUCACUCCCAGCUCCCUACCAUGGCUUUAAAACAUGUUAUCUUAGAUCAAGAGAAAUCCAAGCACCCCCUAACUUUACUCAUGUGUGUUGAGUCUGUUUCCCUUUCAGCACUUACCUUAAAACUCUGUUCAUUUCCACCAAAUCUGUUUUUAGACUGAAGACAAAGGUAACUCCCUGGCAGAGGGGCCUGGUGAUUCUGCAUUAAGUUUAUUCAAUCCCCAGUGGCUCCUCCUUCAGCUCACCUGUGGUCAUUUUCCUAGCAGUAAGCUUCAUCACCUGGGGUGUGUGUGUGUGUGUGUUGGGGGUA